GAGGAGCAGUCCCAUACCGUCUCUCUCUCUCUGUGUCUCUCAGUGGACACUGCACAGUAAGGAUACUGUCAGGGACUUGGAAUACUCUUCCUCUGUUUCUCUCUUACUUCCAGCAGGUUCUGUUCAGUAACGCAGCUAGGUGACUGUGUGUGUGUGUGUGUGUCGGGCCGGGCGGUCAACACAGUGUGUGUGUACGAUGCUGCGAGUUUUUAUCCUGUGUGCUGAGAGGCUUCAUACAGAAGACGAUGACGUCAGUGAUGCCUACUGCAGAGUCGUCUAUGAAGGAUCGAAAAAGAAGACAAAAGUCAUCAAGAAUAACAUAAACCCUGUUUGGAAUGAGGGUUUUGAGUGGGACCUGAAGGGAAUACCUCUGGAUUCAGGAGCUGAGCUUCAUUUGGUGGUCAAGGAUCACGAGAAGAUAGGGAGGAACAGGUUCCUGGGGGAGAGUCGAGUGGCUCUCAGGGACAUCCUCAACUCCUCUAACCUGGCUGCUAGCUUCACUGUGUCCCUACUGGAUACCAAGAGGAACAAUACUGGGGCCACACUGAGCCUGCAGGUUUCCUACAUCCCUCCCCCAGGAAUGACUCCUUUCUUCCAGCCUCCUCCUCAGCCAGAGGCCCGGGAGAAACCUGUGGAGCUGGACACUGUCACAGGUGCGCGUUCGAGUCAUCGAAGGCCGCCAGUUGCCGGGCAUCAACAUCAAACCGGUCGUCAAGGUUACUGUUGGUGGGCAGUCCAAGAGGACUCGCAUCAGGAAAGGAAACAACCCAGUGUUUGAUGAGACUUUCUUUCUGAACUUCUUUGAGAGUCCGUCAGACCUCUUCGAUGAGCCCAUCUUCAUUACUGUUUUUAACUCCAUGUCGUUGCGAACUGACUCGGUGAUAGGAGAAUUCAAGCUUGAUGUUGGCACGGUCUACAACGAGAGCAGACACGCCUUCUUGAGGAAGUGGCUCCUCCUCUCUGACCCUGACGACCUCUCGGCCGGGGCCAAAGGUUACCUGAAGGUCAGCCUCUUCGUAUUGGCUGCAGGCGACGAAGCUCCAGUGGAUAAGAAGGAGGGAGUGGUGGAUAAGGAGGAUAUAGAGGGGAACCUGUUGCGUCCUGCUGGACUCACACUCAGAGGAGCCAUCUUCACACUCAAAGUAUUCAGAGCUGAGGACCUGCCUCAGAUGGACGAUGCCUUUAUGGAUGGGAUGAGACAGGUCCUGGGAUUCGACAGCAACAGGAAGAACCUGGUCGACCCCUUAGUUGAAGUCAACUUCGCUGGAAAAAACGUGUGCAGUAAGAUCAUGGAGAAGAAUGCCAACCCUCAGUGGAAUCAAAGCCUGGCCAUGCCCAUACGGUUCCCCUCCAUGUGUGAAAAGAUGAGGGUUCGUGUCCUGGACUGGGACCGAGCCAGCCACAAUGAUGUCAUCGGGACCGCCCAUCUCUGCAUGUCUAAGAUCUCUGCCCCGGGAGGAGCGAUAGAUGAUGAAUUGGUCCCAAGGAACCUUCAGAGUUUCAUGGAUGACAGUCUGGGGUUCCUGCCGACCUUUGGCCCCUGCUACGUCAACCUGUACGGAAGCCUCAGGGAGUUCACCGCCUUCAACGACCCCCACGAGGCUCUCAACUUGGGCAAGGGUGAGGGAGUAGCGUAUCGUGGUCGUGUUCUGAUGGAGCUCAGUACCAAGCUGGUGGACACGGUGCAGGCGAGUGUAGAAGACAUAACCAAUGAUGACCUAUUGGUGGUACAGAAAUUCAUGCGUAAGAGAAAGUAUUCUCUCUUUGCGUCGUUCUACUCCGCCACGCUCCUCCAGGACGUUGACGACGCGAUACAGUUUGAGGUCAGCAUCGGUAACUACGGCAACAAGUUUGACUAUACCUGUCUUCCUCUGGCCUCAACGACGCAGUUCAGCCGAGCUGUGUUCGACGGUUGUCACUACUACUACCUGCCGUGGCUUCUCUCCUCUCCCCUCUCUUUCCUGUCUCUCAUCCAGCCCCAGAACAGUCUACCAGACAUAGUGAUCUGGAUGCUACAGGGAGAUCGUAGAGUGGCAUACCAUCGUAUCCCUGCACACACUGUCCUCUUCUCACAGAGACACUGUGGCAAGCACUGUGGGGAGCUACAGACCGUCUUUCUGAAGUACCCCCAAGGUGGAUCAGGAGACAGUAAGCUUCCGGCCCAGAUCAGAGUCAAGGUCUGGUUCGGUCUGGCUGCGGACGUAAAACACUUCAAUCAAUUUGCCGAAGGCAAACUGUCUGUGUUCGCUGAAACGUAUGAGAACCAGACUAAGCUGGCUCUGGUGGGUAGCUGGGGAACCACAGGACUGACAUACCCCAGGUUCAGUGAUGUUACAGGCAGGGUGAAGUUACCCAAGGAGUCCUUCAAACCCUCACCGGGCUGGAGCUGGGCUGGGGAGUGGGUCAUCAGCCCAGAGAAGACGAUGCUGUAUGAUACAGACGCAGGUCACAUGUCCUUCACAGAGGAGGUGUUUGAGAACCAGAUGAGGUUACGGGGACAGUGGAUCGGCAUGCCAGAAGGAUACACAGAUGUGAACGGGGAGAAGGCGGUGCCUAAGGACGAGGUCGAGUGUCCUCCGGGGUGGGUGUGGUCUGAUGAAGAGUGGAGCGAAGAUCUGAACCGGGCUGUGGACGACCAAGGGUGGGAGUACGGCCUGACUAUUCCCCCAGAUCGGAGACCCAAGGCCUGGGUACCAGCCGAGAAGAUGUACCAUACCAACCGCCGUCGCCGUUGGAUACGCCUCAGACGCAGAGAUAUGCAGAAGAUGGAGGCUCUGAAGAAGCAGCGACCAGAUGAAGCAGAGAGAGAGGGAUGGGAGUAUGCAUCUCUGUUUGGAUGGAGGUUCCAUCUUAAACCCCGGAAGACAGACUCAUUCAGGAGGAGGAGAUGGAGAUGUCGUAUGGAACCACUGGAGAAGACGGGACCUGCUGCUAUCUUCGCCCUGGAGUGUUCACUGGGGAGUGUGACGGAGGAUAAGAGUGAUGAGAAAUCUGUGACGGCGAUUGGGGUCAACCGCCCUACCAUUUCCUGCCUCUUCCACAGUGGGACUCGCUACCACCUGCGCUGUUACCUGUACCAAGCCAGAGAGCUGCUAGCCAUGGACAAAGACAGCUUCUCAGAUUCCUAUGCCAUAGUUUCGUUCCUCCAUCAGAGCCAGAAGACUGUGACUGUGCGUAACACGUUGAACCCCACCUGGGACCAGACACUCAUCUUCUACGAGGUGGAGGUGUUUGGAGAUGCUGAUGUGACAGAGAGAAGCCCUCCUAACGUUGUGGUGGAGCUGUACGAUCAGGAUACAUAUGGGGCAGAUGAGUUUAUGGGUCGCUGUGUGUGUCAGCCCUCCACGACCCCCUCCCCUCGUCUGGCCUGGUAUCCAAUCAGGAUGGGAGACAGGAGCGCAGGAGAACUACUGGCUGCCUUCGAACUCAUACGACGCGAGAAGCCCGCUGUUCAUCACAUCCCUGGACAGGAGGGAGACAUCCCCCCUCACAUUAUGGAUGAGGUCUUUCUAACUGGAUUCCUCUCAGAAAACCAGCAAUGGCCCAAGGAUUCUGACCUGCCGAACCCGCCCCCCCAGAGAGAACCCAACGUCUACAUGGUUCCUCAGGGGAUCAAACCUGUUCUACAACGUACUGCUGUAGAGAUCUUGGCAUGGGGAGUGCGUAACCUGAAGAGCUUCCAGCUAGCUAGCGUUACCUCUCCCAGCCUGCAGGUGGAGUGUGGAGGCAUCAUGGUUCAGUCCUGCGUCAUACGAUCUACAAAGAAGAAACCCAACUUCGACAUCAACACACUCUUCAUAGACGUGAGACUGCCCUGUGAGGAGCUUUAUAUGCCACCUAUCAUUCUGAAGAUCAUCGACAACAGACAGUUUGGGAGGAAACCGGUGGUGGGACAGUGUACAAUCAGGAACCUGGAGGACUAUCGCUGUACCCCUGAGGAAGAGGGGGAGGAGGAAGAGGACGAGCUUGAGGAGGUUGUCCAGACGCCUCGUGACGAUGUUCUGAUCGACAUCGAUGACAAGGAACCCCUCAUCACCUCACAGGAGGAGGAAGUGAUGGACUGGUGGUCUAAGUUUUAUGCUUCGACCGGAGAGACGAACAAGUGUGGAAACUACCUGGAGAAGGGAUGUGACACACUACAGGUGUAUGACAGGCCACUGGAGAAGAUAGAGGGAUUUGAGAGGCUGUCAGACUUCUGCCAGACCUUCAAGCUGUACCGUGGGAGGAACCAGGACGAAGGAGAGGACCCCUCUAUAGUCGGAGAGUUCAAGGGUAUGUUCAAGAUCUAUUCUCUCCCAGAGGACCCCUCGACCUCCGCACCUCCCCGACAGUUCCGUCAGCUACCCUCCAACAGCAUCGAAGAGUGUCUGGUCAGAGUCUACAUCAUACAAGCCACCGGACUUCAACCUAAAGACUCUAACGGAAAGUGUGAUCCGUACGUGAAAAUCAGUCUGGGCAACAAGUCCAUCAACGACCAUGACAACUACCUACCUUGCACCCUGGACCCUGUGUUUGGAAAACGUCCUGAGACAUCGUUCCUGUGGUUCUCCUCUCCCUACAAGACAUUGAAGUACAUCCUGUGGGGGAGAUACAAAUUCCUCAUCCUCCUCUUCAUCCUCCUCUUCUUCCUCUUCCUCUUCAUCGGAGUCUUCCUCUACUCCUUCCCUAACUAUGCAGCCAUGAAGAUGGUCGGACCGUUCAGUGGACCUGCUAAAGGAACUAAAUGAACAACUAGCUAAAUAAAAAGAUGACAAGGAGAGGAAAACAACAGAGGAAAACAACAGAGGAGAACAACAGAGGAAAACAACAGAGGAAAACAACAGAGGAAAACAACAGAGGAAAACAACAGAGGAAGACAACAGAGGAAGAGAAAAGCCAAAGAAAAGAACAACUGAUUGAAUAACCUAGAAGAGAGAAGAAGAGGAGCAGGAGGGUGGCAGGGUAGCCGAGCUGAUAAGAGUGUUAGCAGCCACUGAAAAGUCACUGGUUCAAAUCCCUGAGCCGACUAGGUGGAAAAUCUCCCGAUGUGCCCUUGAGCAAGGCACUUAACCCUAAUUGCUCUGGAUUCAAGCAUCCGGUAUACACAAACCGGUCAAACGUUUUAGAAAAUACCUACUCAUUCUAAGGUUUUAGAAAAUACCUACUCAUUCACAGGUUUUAGAAAAUACCUACUCAUUCACAGGUUUUAGAAAAUACCUACUCAUUCACAGGUUUUUCGUACCAACAGUGUGCAAAGCUGUCAUCAAGACAAAGGGUGGCUACUUUGAAGAAUCUCAAAUAUAAAAUACGUUUUGAUUUGUUUAACACUUUUUUGGUUACUACAUGAUUCCAUAUGUGUUAUUUCAUAGUUUUGAUGUUUUCACUAUUAUUCUACAAUGUAGAACAUAGUACAAAUAAAGAACAACCCUGGAAUGAGGAGGUGUGUCUAAAAACGUUUGACCGUUCGUGUGCGACUAACGUGUUAAAGUUAAAUGAGAGAGGAAACGAGAGAAAGAAUUUUGCAACACAUCAACAAAUGACUUCCCCACAUCUCCUCGUCUGAUCUUUGAAAUCUCCCACUACGUAGCCUGGUAACUGUCACUGGCAUCCUAUUCUGUUCAUGGCACAACACUUUUCCAUCAAUCAUCUGCAAAAAUAAUACUAUAAAAUUCAAUUAGAGAGUUCAGUCUGUGUGUCUGUGUGUUCCUACCCUGGUCUCGCCCCAGUACUGAACCCUCUCCCCGUUCACUUUCAUUCCCCAUCUCCUUUAAUGUCUCUCCCUCCUUCUUUUUCUCUCCCUCUCCCUCUAAUUCCUCGUUCAUCCCUCCU